GACCCAAAGAAGCUUAAACCGACGUAAGAUGGCCGCAUGUGGAUGAGGCGAUUGUAUGUUUCAGCCUGUCUGUUUUUUUGUCGGCGAAGGGAUUCACAUUAGAAACACUUUUCACACCUAACCCGUAAAGAAAAGAUAGUUUUUAACCGGGACCGAACCCAUGACGUCCAUUCACUUCGUGGUUCACCCGUUACCCGGGACCGAAGAUCAGCUUAAUGACAGGCUCCGUGAAGUGUCAGAGAAGCUCAACAAAUACAACUGCAACAGUCAUCCACACCUUAUUCCGUUGGAGCAGGCCAAACUUAAACAGUGUGUGGUUGGACCAAAUCAUGCUGGAUUUCUCCUUGAGGAUGGACGUAUCUGUAGGAUAAGUUUUGCCGUCCAGCCUGAUCGUCUGGAGCUCGGCAAGCCUGACGGCAAUGAUGGUUCAAAGUUGAGCAGUGUCUCAGGGACAGGAAGGAGCUCCAAGCCAGGCAGGACUAGUGAUCCGCCCUGGUUCCUGUCUGGUUCUGACACACUGGGCAGACUGGCAGGCAACACCCUUGGGAGCCGCUGGAGUUCAGGAGUGAACGGUGGAAGCAGUGGAGGUGGGGGCAGUGGCGGAGGAAGCACAGGAGGCGGCAGUGGGAGCGGAGGCGGCGGCGGAGGUGGCGCUGGAGGAGGAGGAUCUUCAGGCCGCUCCUCCACAGCGGCUCGUGAUUCACGUAGACAGACCCGUGUGAUCCGCACUGGCAGAGACAGAGGGUCCGGCCUGCUGGGCAGUCAGCCACAGCCUGUAAUUCCAGCCUCUGUCAUCCCAGAGGAGCUUAUCUCUCAGGCGCAGGUGGUUCUUCAGGGAAAGUCCAGAAGUGUAAUUAUUCGAGAGCUCCAGCGCACAAACCUGGAUGUAAACUUGGCUGUAAACAACCUGUUGAGCAGAGAUGAUGAGGAUGGAGAUGAUGGCGACGACACGGCCAGUGAGUCCUACUUACCUGGAGAAGACUUGAUGUCCCUGCUCGAUGCAGACAUUCACUCCGCUCAUCCCAGUGUGAUCAUUGAUGCAGACGCCAUGUUCUCUGAGGACAUCAGUUAUUUUGGAUACCCCUCUUUCCGACGCUCCUCCUUGUCUCGUCUCGGCUCCUCACGAGUUCUCCUUCUCCCCCUAGAGCGAGACUCUGAACUGCUCCGCGAGCGGGAGUCGGUCCUGAGGCUGCGCGAGAGGAGGUGGCUGGAUGGAGCCUCCUUCGAUGCGGAGCGUGGCUCCACCAGCCGCGAGGGAGAACCCAGCCUUGACAAGAAGAGCGUGCCUCUGCAGAGCCCUGUUACUCUGGGUGAAGAGCUGCAGUGGUGGCCUGAUAAGGACUAUGUAACGAAGUUUGUGAGUAUUGGGGCUUUAUACUCUGAGCUGAUUGCUGUCAGCACUAAAGGAGAACUCUAUCAGUGGAAGUGGAGUGAGCCCGAACCUUAUAGAAACGCACAAAAUCCUUCUAUACAUCACCCUCGUGUCCCUUUCCUGGGUCUGACCAGUGAGAAGAUCACUCACCUGUCUGCCAACAGUAUCAGAGCCACAGUUGCCACAGAGAGUAACAAGGUGGCAACAUGGGUGGAUGAAACUCUGAGCACUGUGGCCGCUAAACUCGAACAUGGAGCACAAACGUUCCCAGAGCUUCAGGGCGAGCGCAUCGUCUCUCUACACUGCUGUGCUCUGUAUACCUGUGUUCAGCUGGAGAGCAGCCUUUACUGGUGGGGUGUUGUGCCUUUUAGUCAGCGGAAAAAGAUGCUUGAAAAGGCAAGAGCCAAGAACAAAAAGCCAAAGUCAAGUGCAGGCAUCUCCUCUAUACCCAACAUCACAGUAGGAACUCAGGUGUGCCUGAGGAAUAACCCUCUAUAUCACGCUGGUGCCGUGGCCUUCUCUGUCAAUGCUGGAAUCCCUAAAGUCGGCGUUCUGCUCGAGUCCGUGUGGAACAUGAACGACAGCUGCCGGUUCCAGCUCCGCUCGCCAGAGAGCCUCAAGAACAUGGAGAAGAGCACAAAGACGCAGGAGAUCAAGACUGAGAGUAAACCGGAGCUGGUGAAGACAGAAAUGGGCCCUCCGCCCUCACCAGCAUCCACAUGCAGUGACACGUCUUCAAUCGCCAGCAGUGCUUCUCUGCCCUACAGUCCACGAGAAAAAAACUACAAUCUAAACCAACACAAAAUAGAGAGAAGACGCUCAACACCUGCGCCAAAGGAAGAGGAGAAAGUAAACGAGGAGCAGUGGCCUCUGAGAGAGGUCGUCUUUGUUGAGGACGUUAAAAACGUCCCUGUGGGAAAGGUGCUGAAAGUGGAUGGUGCAUAUGUUGCGGUGAAGUUUCCAGGGACGUCUAGCAGCGUGAACAGCCAGAGCGCUGCUCCCUCUGACUCAGACCCCUCUUCACUGCUGCAAGACUGUCGACUCCUCAGAAUAGAUGAGCUACAGGUUGUUAAAACUGGUGGAACGCCAAAAGUUCCGGACUGUUUUCAGCGCACACCUAAAAAACUUUGUAUCCCAGAAAAAGCUGAAAUUUUAGCUGUGAAUGUUGACUCCAAAGGAGUUCAUGCCGUUUUGAAAACGGGAAGCUGGGUAAGGUACUGUAUCUUUGACUUGGCCACUGGUAAAGCUGAGCAGGAGAAUCAUUUCCCCACCAGUAAUCUGGCCUUUCUUGGUCAGAGUGAAAGUCAUGUGGCCAUUUUCACUGCUGGCCAGGAGAGUCCCAUCAUUUUGAGGGACGGUAAUGGCACCAUUUAUCCCAUGGCUAAAGACUGUAUGGGUGGAAUACGUGACCCUGAUUGGCUAGACCUGCCGCCCAUCGCCAGUCUGGGAAUGGGAGUUCACUCUCUCGUCAACCUCCCCAGUAACUCCACAAUCAAAAAGAAGGCAGCCGUUAUCAUCAUGGCUGUAGAGAAGCAGACGCUGAUGCAGCAUGUUCUGCGCUGUGAUUACGAGGCGUGCAGGCAGUAUCUGAUGAGUUUGGAGCAGGCCAUGCUGCUGGAGCAGAACCCUCACGCACUGGACACUCUGCUGGGACACCGCUGUGACGGCAACCGUAACAUCCUCCAUGCGUGUGUCUCUGUCUGCUUCCCCGUCAGCAACAAGGAAACCAAGGAAGAAGAAGAAGCAGAGCGGUCUGAAAGGAACACAUUUGCUGAGCGGUUGUCUGCAGUGGAGGCCAUUGCUAAUGCAAUUUCAGUGGUAUCCAGCAACAGCUCUGGCAACCGCACAGGAUCGUCCAGCAGCCGUGGCUUGCGUUUGAGAGAGAUGAUGAGGCGUUCGCUCCGUGCUGCAGGUUUGGGGCGCCACGAAUCUGGCCCCUCCUCCAGCGAUCACCAAGACCCUGUUUCACCCCCUAUUGCCCCUCCCAGCUGGGUACCAGACCCUCCACCAAUGGAUCCUGAUGGUGACAUUGAUUUCAUCUUGGCCCCUGCAGUGGGCUCCCUCACCACUGCUUCCACAGGCACCAGCCAGGGACCCAGUACUUCUACCAUACCGGGACCUUCGUCUGAACAGUCAGUGGUGGAAUCUAAAGAUCGGAAGGCUAACGCUCACCUCAUACUGAAGCUCAUGUGUGACAGUGUCGUUCUGCGACCUCAUUUAAGAGAGCUGCUCUCUGCCAAGGAUGCUCGUGGAAUGACUUCAUUCAUGUUGGCAGUGAGUGGGAGAGCGUACCCAGCAGCCAUUACUGUUCUAGAAGCAGCCCAAAAAAUAGCCAAAGGUGAACCCAGUCUUGGAGAGAAAGAGGAUACGGCGUCUGUUUUCAUGGAGAUGAUCUGUCCUUCAGGCACCAAUCCAGAUGAUUCUCCUCUCUACGUUCUCUGCUGUAACGACACCUGCAGCUUCACCUGGACCGGAGCUGAACACAUUAAUCAGGAUAUCUUUGAGUGCAGAACCUGCGGUCUGUUGGAGUCAUUGUGCUGCUGCACUGAAUGUGCCAGGGUUUGCCACAAGGGUCACGACUGCAAACUGAAGCGAACCUCUCCUACUGCGUACUGUGACUGCUGGGAGAAAUGUAAAUGCAAAACACUUAUUGCUGGACAGAAGGCAGCUCGCCUGGAUCUGCUCUACAGACUGCUGACCACCACUAAUCUAGUUACCACUCCGAACAGCAGGGGAGAGCACAUCUUGCUGUUUCUGGUGCAGACUGUUGCCAGGCAGAGUGUGGAGCACUGUCAGUAUCGGCCACCCCGCAUCCGAGAGGACCGGAACCGGAAGGCCGCCAGCACUGAAGACUCUGAUAUGCCUGAUCACGAUCUGGAACCUCCGCGGUUUGCUCAGCUGGCUCUAGAGCGUGUCCUACAGGACUGGAAUGCUCUGAAGUCCAUGAUCAUGUUCGGCUCUCAGGAGAACAAAGACCCACUGAGUGCCAGCAGCAGAAUCGCUCACCUCUUACCUGAGGAACAGAUGUAUCUGAACCAGCAGAGUGGUACCAUCAGGCUGGACUGUUUCACACACUGCCUUAUCGUCAAGUGUGCACCAGACAUUACUUUUAUUGACACGUUGUUAGGGACUCUGGUAAAAGAGCUUCAGAAUAAAUACACCCCCGGCCGCAGGGAGGAGGCCAUCACCAUCACACGGAGGUUCCUGCGAUCUGUGGCCAGAGUGUUUGUCAUUCUCAGUGUGGAGAUGGCAUCUUCCAAGAAGAAAAACAACUUCAUCCCUCAGCCGAUCGGGAAGUGCAGGCGUGUGUUCCAGGCUCUGUUGCCAUACGCCGUGGAAGAGCUCUGCAAUGUAGCCGAGUCCCUGAUCGUGCCAGUGCGAAUGGGCAUCGCCCGCCCCACAGCGCCCUUCACUCUGGCCAGCACCAGCAUUGAUGCCGUACAGGGCAGUGAAGAGCUCUUCUCUGUGGAGCCCCUCCCACCACGGCCCUCUCCAGAUCAGUCCAGCAAUUCCAGUCAGUCGGCAUCAUCAUACAUCAUCAGGAACCCUCAGCCCCGCAGGAGUAGCCAAUCCCAGACUGCCCGCGGCCGUGACGAGGAACAGGAUGAUAUUGUGUCUGCUGAUGUAGAAGAGGUGGAGGUGGUAGAGGGUGUUGCAGGUGAGGAGGAUCACCAUGACGACCAGGAGGAACAGGGGGAGGAGAACGCAGAGGCUGAAGGACAACAUGAUGAACAUGAUGAGGAUGGGAGUGACAUGGAGCUGGAUUUAUUGGCUGCUGCUGAGACUGAGAGUGACAGUGAGAGUAACCAUAGCAACCAGGACAAUGCAAGUGGCCGAAGGAGCGUUGUGACUGCUGCCACUGCUGGAUCUGAAGCAGGUGCGAGCAGUGUUCCUGCAUUCUUCUCCGAGGACGACUCGCAGUCGAAUGACUCCAGUGACUCGGACAGCAGCAGCAGUCAGAGUGAUGACGUGGACCAGGAGACAUUCCUGUUGGAUGAGCCGUUAGAGAGAACUACAGGCUCGGCACAUGCUAACAGUGCUGCCCAGGCACCGCGCUCCAUGCAGUGGGCUGUUCGCACGACACCCAGCCAGCGCUCAGCUGGAGGAGCCCCAUCAAGCUCUUCCACACCUGCUGCGAGCUCCACGGGGCUUAUCUACAUCGAUCCAUCAAACCUGCGACGCAGCAGCGCCAUCAGCACCAGUGCAGCUGCAGCCGCUGCAGCCCUGGAAGCCAGUAACUCCAGCAGCUACCUGACGUCUGCCAGCAGCCUGGCCCGAGCGUACAGCAUCGUCAUACGCCAGAUCUCUGACCUCAUGAGCCUUAUACCCAAAUACAAUCACCUGGUCUACUCGCAGUACCCUGCUGCUGUUAAACUCACCUAUCAGGAUGCUGUUAACCUGCAGAAUUUUGUAGAGGAUAAGUUGAUCCCCACCUGGAACUGGAUGGUGUCCAUCAUGGACUCUACAGAAGCUCAGCUGCGGUAUGGAUCAGCUCUGUCCUCAGCUGGCGAUCCUGGUCACCCCAGCCACCCGCUGCAUGCAUCCCAACAUGCAGGCCGCAGGGAACGCAUGACUGCACGUGAAGAGGCCAGCCUCCGUACUCUCGAGGGUCGAAGGCGUGCUGCCACGCUUCUGACAGCUCGUCAGGGGAUGAUGUCAGCACGUGGAGACUUCUUAAACUACGCCCUGUCUCUGAUGCGUUCACAUAACGACGAACACUCCGAUGUUUUACCCGUGUUGGAUGUGUGCUCGCUCAAACACGUGGCUUACGUCUUCCAGGCCCUCAUCUAUUGGAUCAAAGCCAUGAAUCUACAGACUACACUUGACACCACUCAGAUGGACAGGAAGAGGAAUCGAGAGCUGCUCGAACUCGGGUUGGACAACGAGGACUCAGAGCACGAGAAUGACGAAGACACCAAUCAGAGCUCCACCCUGCAGGAUAAGGAAGAGGAGACGGUCCCGGCUGAGACGGGACAACAUCAUCCAUUCUUCCGCCGCUCAGACUCCAUGACCUUCCUGGGAUGCAUCCCUCCCAACCCGUUUGAAGUCCCGCUCGCUGAGGCCAUUCCUCUGGCUGACCAGCCUCAUCUCCUGCAGCCCAAUGCCAGGAAGGAGGAUUUGUUUGGACGGCCGAGUCAAGGUCUUUAUUCGUCUUCAUACAUGGCCAGCAAAGGUCUCACAGAUCUGACUGUGGACAUGAAUUGCCUGCAGAUUCUACCCACAAAGAUGUCAUAUUCGGCAAACAUGAAGAAUGUGAUGAGUAUGGAGUCUCGGCAGAGGGGCGUUGAGGAACAGCCCACCGCAGAGCAGAACAUGGAUGCUUCCAAGGCAGGCCCCUCCCCUCACGAUCUGGCGGCCCAGUUAAAGAGCAGCCUCCUUGCAGAGAUUGGUUUGACAGAGAGUGAUGGCCCGCCCCUUCCCACAUUUAUUCCACACUGUAGUUUUAUGGGGAUGGUGAUCUCUCAUGACAUGCUGCUCGGCCGCUGGCGGCUCUCUCUCGAGCUGUUUGGACGUGUCUUCAUGGAGGACGUGGGUGCAGAACCAGGAUCUAUACUUACUGAACUGGGUGGUUUUGAGGUGAAGGAGUCAAAGUUCAGGCGUGAGAUGGAGAAGCUGAGGAACCUUCAGUCUCGUGAUCUUGCUCUAGAGGUGGACCGAGACCGAGAGCAGCUCAUUCAGCAGACCAUGAGACAGCUCAACGCUCACUUUGGCCGUCGCUGCACCACUACACCCAUGGCUGUACACCGUGUUAAAGUCACUUUCAAGGAUGAACCAGGAGAGGGCAGCGGAGUGGCACGCAGUUUUUAUACGGCUAUCGCGCAGGCCUUCCUCUCCAACGACAAGCUUCCCAAUCUGGACUGUGUGCAAAGUGUCAGCAAGGGCAUGCAGGCUAGCAAUCUUAUGCAGCGGUUGAGGAAUAGAGAUCGUGAACGUGAGAGGAGGAGUGGAGGACUGAGAGCUGCAUCCAGACGAGACAGAGACCGAGACUCGAGGAGACAGCUGUCCAUCGACACUCGGCCGUUCAGGCCUGCAUCAGAAGGGAACCCUAGUGAUGAACCGGAGCCGCUGCCCGCUCACAGACAAGCUCUAGGAGAGAGACUGUACCCUCGAGUGCACACCAUGCAGCCGGCAUUUGCUAGUAAAAUCACAGGGAUGCUGCUGGAACUUUCCCCUGCUCAACUGCUGCUGCUGCUGGCCAGUGAAGACUCGCUCAGAGCUCGUGUGGAGGAAGCCAUGGAGCUCCUCAUAACACAUGGAAGGGAAAAUGGUGCUGACAGUAUACUGGACCUCGGUCUGCUCGACGCUCCUGAAAAAGCACAGCAGGAGAACAGGAAGAGACACGGUUCAACCCGCAGUGUGGUGGAUAUGGAGCUGGACGACCCUGAUGAUGGAGAUGAUAAUGCUCCUCUCUUCUAUCAGCCGGGUAAGAGGGGCUUCUACUCCCCACGGCCCGGCAAGAACACCGAGGCGAGACUCAACUGCUUCAGGAACAUCGGCAGAAUACUGGGCUUAUGUCUGCUGCAGAAUGAGCUUUGUCCAAUCACACUGAACAGACAUGUCAUCAAGGUGUUGCUCGGCAGGAAGGUGAACUGGCAUGACUUUGCUUUCUUUGACCCGGUGAUGUAUGAGAGCCUGCGACAGCUGAUUCGUCACUCUCAGACUGAGGAAGCGGAGGCAGUGUUCGCUGCGAUGGAUCUUGCCUUCGCUAUUGACCUCUGUAAAGAGGAGGGAGCUGGACAGGUGGAGCUGUUGGCCGGUGGAGUGAACAUGCCUGUGACUCCUCUGAAUGUGUACGAGUAUGUGAGGAGAUAUGCCGAGCACAGGAUGCUGGUCGUUGCAGAACAGCCUCUGCAUGCCAUGAGGAAGGGUCUCCUGGAUGUGCUUCCAAAGAACGCUCUGGAGGACCUGACGGCAGAAGACUUCAGACUGCUGGUCAACGGUUGUGGAGAAGUCAACGUCCAGAUGCUUAUUAGUUUCACCUCUUUCAACGAUGAAUCAGGUGAAAAUGCAGAGAAGCUGCUGCAGUUCAAGCGUUGGUUUUGGUCCAUUGUUGAGAAGAUGAGCAUGACCGAGAGGCAAGAUCUGGUAUACUUCUGGACCUCCAGUCCGUCUCUGCCGGCCAGUGAAGAAGGAUUUCAGCCCAUGCCCUCCAUCACCAUACGCCCCCCAGACGACCAGCACCUGCCCACCGCCAACACCUGCAUCUCUCGCCUUUACGUGCCACUUUACUCUUCCAAACAGAUUCUCAAACAGAAACUUUUACUAGCCAUCAAGACCAAGAACUUCGGCUUUGUGUAGUUGAAUGAAAACGUGUUUAAUUGUUGUGUAAUAUUACUAGUUCCAUUUUUGUAGUUUAUUUUUUGUCUAUACAAUUUUAUGAAAUAUAAAAGUCAUUUUUUGGUCUGCGUUGCAAACGCUGGCGGCUUGUUCUUAUUUCGUUUCAUUUUUUUAAAUUUUAUUUCCGUUAUCAGAGUAUAACACAACAUUCCUGCAUUGGCUUUCGUAAAGUUGAAGCCUGUAGCUUCAUUGGCUUGAACUGUAACUUCUGUGACUUUGGCCCGAUGGUCAAAACUGUCCGCCAAACCCCAGCCAAAGAAAACAGCAGGAGUAUUUAAAGAAAAAGAAAGGUUUCACUGUGAUUUUUAUUAUUUUAUUUUUAUUUUUUACCUGGCCUAAACAUUAAAAUCAUUGAGAGUUCACUGCUGCCUUUGUGGAAAGUCGUUUUUUUUCUUGUAUAGAGGGAGUAGGAAUUUCAAAAUAAACUUGGAUGCAAAGUAGUGUUGUGGUUCUUAUUCAUCUUUUAAAGGACUUUUGCUUGUAUUACAGAAAUGUGUAUAUGGUUAGUUGAUGCAUAAUGUGAUCAUGGGUUUUAAGAUCUGUUAAAAUUCAUGUAUACGGUAAUGUGUACCUUUUUAGAUGGGUUUUUUUUUUCUCACCAUUUUGCCUUUUUAAAUUGUCCUGCGGCGUGACAUUAAUUUUUAAAAGUACAAAUAUGCAAUGUACUCUGAAUCAAAAUGUCAUAGACACUGCAUGCAUAAUUAUAAAGAAAUAAUAAUAAAUGAAAUAGAAUUG